GCCGGGGCGUGGGGUCAAAGGUCACGAAAGAUGGCGGCGGCCAGCAGCCUCUGAGGCGUGGAGCAGGGGCAUGGCGCUGGCAGCUCUGGCGGCCGCGGCUCGGCUGGGGUGGCGGCUGAGCUGGCCGGGGCCGGGGCGCGGGCACUGGACGGCGUCUGAGUGCUCGCGGAGCCGGCGGGAGGCGGACGCGCCCGUGUUCCAGUACGUGGGCGAGCGCGCGGCCCGCACCGACCGCAUCUUCGUGUGGGGCUUCAGCUUCUCGGGGGCGCUGGGCGUGCCCUCCUUCGUGCUGCCCAGCGCCGGGCCCGGGCCCAGCGCCGGGUCGCGGCCGCGCCGCAGGAUCCAGCCUGUGCCCUACCGCCUGGAGCUGGACCAGAAGAUUUCAUCUGCUGCUUGCGGCUAUGGAUUCACAUUGCUGUCCUCUAAAACCAAGGAUGUUACGAAAGUUUGGGGUAUGGGACUCAACAAAGAUUCUCAACUUGGAUUUCACAGGAGCCAGAAAGACAAAACGAGGGGAUACGAGUAUGUUUUGGAGCCCUCGCCCAUCCCACUGCCCCUGGACAGACCUCAGGAGACACGGGUACUGCAGGUCUCCUGCGGCAGAGCCCACUCUCUCGUCCUGACAGACGGCGAAGGAGUCUUUAGCCUGGGAAACAAUGCCUAUGGGCAGUGUGGAAGAAAGGUGGUCGAAAAUGAAAUUUACAGUGAAAGCCACAAAGUCCAUAGAAUGCAGGACUUCGAUGGACAGGUGGUCCAGGUCGCUUGUGGUCAGGACCAUAGUAUGUUCCUAACGGAUAAAGGAGAGGUCUAUUCCUGUGGAUGGGGCGCGGAUGGGCAAACAGGUCUGGGUCACUACAAUAUCACCAGCAUGCCCACCAAGCUGGGCGGAGACCUUGCUGGAGUGAACGCUGUCCAGGUUGCCACCUACGGUGACUGCUGCCUGGCUGUGUCUGCUGAUGGAGGCCUCUUUGGUUGGGGAAACUCUGAGUACCUGCAGCUGGCCUCUGUUACCAACUCCACGCAGGUGAAUGUCCCCCGCCACUUACCCUUCUCAGGAGUGGGGAAGGUGAAGCAAGCCGCGUGUGGUGGUACAGGCUGUGCAGUAUUAAAUGGGGAAGGACAUGUUUUUGUCUGGGGCUAUGGAAUUCUUGGGAAAGGACCAAACCUAGUGGAAACGGCUCUUCCAGAAAUGAUUCCACCCACUCUCUUUGGCUUGACGGAUUUCAAUCCAGAAGUCCAGGUUUCCCGCAUUUGCUGUGGACUCAGCCACUUUGCUGCCCUUACCAACAAAGGAGAGCUGUUUGUGUGGGGCAAGAAUAUCCGAGGGUGUCUGGGAAUUGGCCGCCUGGAAGACCAGUAUUUCCCAUGGAGGGUGACAGUGCCUGGGGAGCCUGUGGAUGUGGCAUGUGGUGUGGAUCACAUGGUGGCUCUGGCCAAAUCAUUCAUCUGAAUCGCCUGCCUGACUCGCUCCAGACCAGCCCUGGUCUCAGAACCACUCGGACCACUUAGCAGAGCAGGGGCACUUGGUGAGGGCCUGCUGAAUUCAGCCCAGGAUGAUUGUCUAUCUGGCCAAGCUCUGGCGAGACAAGUCCUGGGCAGUGUGGCCCUGGCACCAUCUGAGCACCAGCCAAUUUUUCCAUGUCCUCUAGCCACUCUUUUUCCUAUACUCAGACUCUGCCCAUUCAUGGGUGAUGGCUUCUGGUGUCACACCUGGUUUUAGGAAAAGCUGAACUGUCACAACAUGCCAUUUCAUUUUGAUAGGUGGCCUGACACCUUUUAAAUGUAACUCCCAGGAGGGCCCCUGGAGGCCCUCUGGUCACAGCAGAGCUCUCGGUUGGUGUCUGGGCAGGCUGCGUGUGUGCACUGGGGAGCCCCAGCCUCACUGGGGAGCCAGGUCCUCCUUCCCACUCAACCUUUCUGGGUCGGCUGCUCUACAGCCAGCUUGCUUCUGGGCACAAGCUGGAAUUCCUUGGACUGGAGUUCUUUGUGGAAAUGCCAAUGGGCACCAGCCUGGUGUCCUGUGGGCCUACGGCUGUCACCAGCCUUGGAACCAUUCUCACUCCCUGGCUUGGAAAACUUGAGAAGCCCCUGCAGGAAGAAGAUCAAAGCCACAUUCUUGUGGGCUGAGGACUUAGAACAUAUCCUGCAAAAAGCUUGGCUGGAGUGCCAGCCUAGGAAAAGAAAGAUUGAGAAACUGAAAAAACAUUCGAGUUAGUAGCAGAACUUGUCUUUUUCUUGAAAAAUGACUUCUAAAAAUCUCUUUUGGAAUAAAGUCUAUUUUCUGCCUUUUUAUUUUUAAGAA